AUGUAUAUAUCGGAUUGCACUGAUCUUGAAUUCUACUACGAAGGAAUUCAAAAAUCGACGGCAAAAUCACUUUGCAAAUUCGAGAAAACAUUUUAUCCAUUUUCUGACAAACUUCUUGCCCAUGUGAACGAAAUAUCAAUAUCAAGUAUUUUGAUAAAUCUAGUUCACUUUUUCAUUCUCACAAGGAAACCAAUGAGAACAUCUUCAAUUAAUAUAUUAAUGGCGGCAGUUGCAUUUUUCGAUAUUUUUACCUCUUUGCUACCAAUUGAAGUAUUAUUUGAGCGGUAUAAGGACAUAUUUUUUGAAUGCUUGUCCUUAGACACAUAUGGUUUAGUUCUAACUAAAGCAUUGCUCACUGUAGUGAAGGAUUACUCAAGAAGAUGCUCAACAUGGCUCAUAUUUUUUAUUGCCUUUAUUCGAACACUAAUAAUCCAGAAUCCAUUAAGCUCAAAGUAUGAGGCACUCGGCAAACCUAAAGCAUCAAUUAUUGUGAUUACUGGUAUUUGUGUAGCAACGUUCCCAAUUUCAAUGUUUAAAUUCCUUGAAAAUGAAUUUAUUGAGAGCCUGCCUCGUGAUUCCUGUGCUCCAAACAAAACUUAUAUUGUUAACGUUUUGUCUGAACUUUUUAUGAAAAACGACGGCGUCAUAAUGGAAUAUUUUUAUUUGUUCAACUCGUCUAUUUCAGAUAUAGUUCCUUGCAUUUUGCUUCUGAUCGUUACAUGCCUACUUGUAUGGAACUUAUUCAAAACCAGUAAAAAGAAAGCAAAAAUGUCAUCUGUACCAAACAAUAGGAAUUCUCGUGGAAAAACUGGACUAGUGUUAUGCGUAGCAAUUAUGUUUUUCAUAGUCCAGUUUCCAUAUGGACUAAGCGUGGGUAGUGCGGGGAUCUUCAUACUUGCACCCGGUGCACACAACAUGCUUAAUCAAUUUGGAUAUAUUUUCUCUAUGUUAAUAACAUUGAACACAUGCACUCAUCUCUUUGUUUGUCUAUUUAUGUCCUCCCAGUAUCGAAGUACAACUAUUCACGUCUUCACCUGUGGAUGUAUCUACCCUAAAACAAGAAUGUCAAGCGGAACUCGAAUCAUUUCAUCGCCGUUAAACAAUUUUAAGCAGCUUUGA